GCGUUCGAGGAGGGAUGGGGUCAUGGGGAUGGCUCUUUUCGUGGACCCGAGUCAAAGGCGUCGUCGUCCUAUUCCAAACAGCAGCGCUGGAAUACGGCGACGUCAGGCGACACGACUGCACGUGCGCUACUCCGGCCGAGAUGCCAUGCUAUUGCCACCGGCUCCUUCCAGGCAUCUCCCCAUCCUCCUAUCACUGCCCGUUACUUUUUCUUUUUCUUUCUUUCCUCUCUGCCAAAGGCAAAAGAGAAGAGCGAGCGAACGAACGAGGGAGAGACUAUGGCUUAUCUUUUCAAAAUCCUUCCCUUUCUAUAAUGAAGAUUUUAGUAUUUAAUGGUCUUAUCUCAUCGCUGUUAGUGCCUUCUAUCUGCUGCUUCCUGCUGCCUCACAAGGUUGCGUCAGAUCUCGCCUACUCGUUCUUCGAUCCGUCUGAUAGCCGAGCCGCGAGCUCUGGUGAAGCCAGUGUGUGAGAGAGGUCGCGAGCGAGAGAGAAAGACGGGGCGGCCUUUGGGAGAGAGCAGGGACAGUGAUCGAUUAUGAGUUCAUUAUGCUGGUUAUGAUGACAGGUUGCUUUCUUUUGACCGGCGCUACCCGAGAACGGCGACACCUAAUUUCACAUACUCAGCUCCUGUCUCUUCCGUGAGCUUCUGCUAGUUUUCCUUUACUUCCUUGUUCUCGUCUGAUUCAUGCAUAAAGGCCGAACCUUGUGAUGCAAAGUUGGGUUCUCGCGGAUCGUAACGACGAUGCCACAGUACCAGCAACACGCUUCGUGGAAGUUGGAGGGCGGCGGCCAGAUCAUGGAUCUGGAGACUGCCGUCAAAGACGGGAUACUGGGUGGCGGAGGCGGGGGUGGAGGCCUCCUGCCUGGGAAAGAUGCCACCUUGGUGCCUGUCGCUGAGAAGCCUAACCUCAGGAACAUGAUCGAGGAGCUCUAUUCGGAGGUGGAGAAUGUGCCUUCAGUGUUUAUCUGCCCGAUCUCCCUCGAGCCCAUGGUUGAUCCCGUCACCCUCAUCACUGGCCAGACCUAUGAGCGCGCCAACAUCCUCAAGUGGUUCUCUAUGGGGCACCUCACCUGCCCCACGACGAUGCAGGAGCUCUGGGACGACGCCGUCACUCCCAACCGGACCCUUUACCAGCUGAUCAACGCCUGGUUCUCGCAGCGCUACCUCCAAAUGAAGAAGCGGUCCGAAAACGUGCAGGGUCGCGCCACCGAGCUCAUCCAAACCCUGAAAAAGGCCAAGGGGCAGGCCAGAGUUCAAGCCCUCAAGGAGCUCCACAAGAUCGUAGUCGCCCAUGCACCUGUCAACACGUCCGUGGUGGACUUUGCCGGAGUAACGCUUCUCUCUUGUCUCCUUGGCCCCUUCACCUCUCAUGCUGUUGGCUCCGAGGUGAUUGCUAUUAUCGUCAAUCUCACCUUGGAUUCAGAUACAAAGGCUAAUUUGAUGCAGCCGGCAAAGAUCUCACUCGUUGUGGACUUGCUAAACGAAGGGACAAUUGAUACCAAGAUCAACUGCACCAGGUUGAUCGAAAUGCUAAUGUGGGAGAGAAGUUUCCGGUCAGAGGUGGUGUCAAGUUGGAGCCUUUUGGUUGCUUUAUUGCGAUUGGUGAAGGACAAGCGACAUCCAAAUGGAGUUGCAGCAGGACUCAGCUUGCUCAAGGAUAUUGGCUCUCAUGAGCAAGUUCGCAGCUUAAUGGUGAGCAUUGGAGCAGUCCCACAGCUUGCUGAGCUGUUGUCCAACCCGAAAUGGGAGCUGAAGUUUAUAGAACCAGCAUUGCAGAUCUUGGACGAUCUUUCAACUAUACCUGAUGGGUUGUUAGCGUUGAAGGAUUGCCAUCAGAUCAUCCCUACAGCAGUGAGGCUCUUGAUGCAUGCCUCUGAAGCUUGCACUCAUCAUGCAUUGUCUAUAUUGUGGGCCGUCUGUAAGCUUGCCCUCGAUGAGUGUGCUUUCCUUGCUGUUGAGGCUGGGUUGGCCGCAAAACUACUGCUUGUCCUCCAGAGUGGUUGCAAUCCGGAAAUGAAGCAACGGGCCGCUGAGCUAUUGAAGCUCUGUAGCCACAAUUACUCUCCGACCGUCUUCAUCUCGAAGUGCAAGCUGACGAGAACAAUGCAAUGACACAAGUUGAUUGCCAUUUGAAGUGUUAUUUCCUUGGUAUCCCAAUCUGCAUUUGAAAUGCCAUCAUUGCAAGUUUAGAUCGAGAUAUUAAAUCUUUAUAGGAGCUAAGAUGGUAUAUGUUUGAGCUCUUAUUUAUUUUUGUUCUGUACAAUUUGUAUACUUGGGAGUCUCAUUCUUGAUAAAGAAGCAUCUCAUUGAGGGUAUCUGGUUAUGAAAUGUGAAAAAAAGAUAGAUGGAUUUUCUGUCGGAAGUUUUAUCAACAAUGUCAUCCUCAAUAAGCUGGUAGGUUAUGGAAGCAUGCUCUAUCAAACAAGGUGGUAUAAUACUUGCCUCCGAUUAAUUUCGAUGUAAUUUUUAAACAUGUGAGAUUUUGAACAAAUGAACUAUUCCAGGCUCCACUUGCCUUAAAUUGAGAGUGAUGGUUUUUUGUU